AUGUGGACAAAGACAAUUUUAAAACCAUCAAGAAAAUGGGUGUCUUCUGCAGUCUUAAAGGCGUAUUCCGCACCAUCCUUGACUACAGUGAAAGAACUAUCAGGAACUCCAAGAGGAUUUGUGGCCCCAUCUCCAAUUCAUAAGGAGACAUUUGUAUAUGGGGAAUUGGGAAUAAGGGUGGAAUUUCCUGGAAAUAUUGGAUUGCUAGAAAAUGUUAAGGAGCCUUGUAAAAUACUACCAAUGUUGACUUUUUGGGAAUUUUGGAUGUUUAUUACAGUAAAAUUUCCAGGUAAAUAA